CUUUCACCAUCAAUCUUUCAAAAUGGUGUCUUUUGAAGAAACUGUCGACUCUCUUCGCCACCCUCAGGGAGACGACAAACAUCCGCUUCCACGAGUCACGCUUGGCGCUAUAAACAAAGAUGGUUCCUUCCACUAUGCCAAGGCCUUUGGAGAGGAGUCGAAUGACAACAUGGAGACGGAUGCCGUGCAUCUCAUCGCCUCAUGCACCAAACUCGUGACCACUGUUGCUGUGAUGCAAUGUGUGGAGAGAGGACAGCUGCAUCUGGAUGCAGACAUUGCGAACAUUCUGCCAGAAUGGGAAAACCCUCAGAUUCUAACAGGCUUUGACGAAAACGAGGAACCCAUCUUUCGCCCCUCUACGAAGACUAUCACUCUACGACACCUCCUGACCCACUCGAGCGGCAUGACUUAUGUCUUCAUGGAGCCGCUAUUGACGCGUUACGACCAGCUCCCAACCGUCCAACCCCGCACUCCGCACUCUGUUAAGGAAAAGUUCUAUCCAUUUCUGGUAUUUGAGCCAGGUAGCCGCUGGUUAUAUUCCCCAGGUGUGGACUGGGCUGGCCUUAUGGUCGAACGAGUCACUUCCAUGAGGCUCGGUGAUUAUAUGAAGCGUCAUAUAUUUGACGUCGUGUCCGUUAAAGACGCUACCUUUCAUCUCGAAACUCGAGAGGAUAUGCGAGCUCGGUUGGCAAAUCAGUGGGAGCGAGAUGGUGAGGACCUCCGCAUACCAAAGAACCCUCUGUGGCCCGCCCAGAUUGACGAGGAUCUCGGUGGCGGUGGAUUAUAUGCCACCGUGAAUGAAAUGCUCAAGAUCUACAAUGGCAUCCUGAACGAGAAACUGCUCUGUCAAGAAUCCAUCAAAACCAUGUUCCAGCCGCAUUUGGAGAGCACCACCGGUCUCGACAACCAAGAUGAGUAUUCGUCGUCCUACCGCAUGGCGAUUUUUAACGCUGUUCCUCCCGACGUCCCUGUGAGCUUUGGUCUUGGUGGCUUGAUUAACCUGGCUGCAAUUCCGACCCGGCGAGGAGCUCAUUCGCUCUCGUGGUCUGGGAUGCCGAAUUGCUAUUGGUGGAUUGAUAUGGAGAAAGGCGUGGCAGGCGUAUAUUUGUCGCAGCUGGUUCCGACUGGAGAUCAGCAGGCAGUUAAGCUCUUAACUGAGUUUGAGAAAUUCGUCUACAAGAGUCUUGAAAACUUGAACAGCCAAUGAAAGUGUAGCACAGACUCGAAAUACAUUUAUGGAGCAAGAUAAACAUGUUGAGUUCAUUAAAUAAUGCUAGAAAGCCUUGUAGUUAUUAAAGCGCUUGCAUAUAAAAAAUGCCUC